AUGAGGCCCGGAAACGAGAAAGACCAUGGCCCUGUGGCACACGUGGAGAACGCACCUACAGAUGAGCCACUUAAAUCGGAUGAGCUUGCGAAGGAGGCAGCUCAUGAGGAACAUCAAUUGACACUCGCGAGCGCACUGCGCAAAUAUCCCAAGGCGGUCAUAUGGUCAAUCCUCCUCUCCACCUCAAUCAUCAUGGAAGGCUACGAUAUCGUUCUUAUGUCCUCCUUUUUCGCCCAACCAGCCUUCUCCCGACGAUAUGGCCAGUACAUCCCUAGCAGCGACAGCUAUCAGAUCACUGCGUCCUGGCAGAAUGGUCUCAGCAACGCCGUCUCUGUAGGUACCAUCAUUGGCGCCUUCGCCAAUGGAUAUUUUACCCAUCAUUUGGGCUACCGCAAGGUGUUACUGGCCAGUCUGGCCGCGAUAACCGGCUUUAUCUUCAUUCCUUUCUUUGCACCAAACCUGCCCGUGCUUCUGGUCGGCGAAUUCCUCUGCGGCAUUCCAUGGGGGGUUUUCGCGACGAUGGCACCAGCAUAUGCCUCAGAGAUUUGUCCCAUGGCCUUACGCGGUUACCUCACCGUAUAUGUGAACCUUUGCUGGGCCAUUGGUCAGCUUAUCUCAGCCGGAGUGCAAUCUGCGUUCAAUGGAAGCAGCACUGAAUGGGGAUACCGCGUGCCCUUUGCCAUCCAGUGGGCGUGGCCAAUUCCAUUGUUCUUAAUUUUGUAUUUUGCUCCUGAGUCGCCCUGGUACUUCGUCAGACGCGGGGAUUAUGUCGCGGCUGAAAAGAGUAUGAUCCGGCUUGGCUACUCCAGCUCUAGCGGCGAGGUCAAACAAAACCUGGCGAUGAUGAUUCACACCGAUGAGCUAGAGAAGCAGGUCAGCGAAGGCACAAGCUAUUGGGACUGUUUCCGAGGGGUUGAUCUGCGUCGUACCGAAAUUGUGUGUUUGGUGUUUGCCGCACAGCCGUUCUGUGGCUCCGCUAUGGGGGGAACACCUACAUACUUCUUUGUGCAAGCCGGUUUACCGACUUCAAUCUCAUUCAAGAUGUCAGUGGGCGGACUCGGGCUUGCUUCUGUCGGAACAAUCAUCUCCUGGUAUCUCUUGCACGCCUUUGGUCGCCGUACUCUGUACUUAUGGGGCCUCGGCCUUCUUACUAUAGUCUUAAUGGUUGUUGGUUUCGUGUCAGUUGGGGCUGGGAAUUCCGUGGGUGGGAACUAUGCCCAAGCCACGAUGAUGCUCAUCUGGCUUCUCGUCUACUAUCUCACUGUGGGCCCAAUCUGCUACGCAAUCAUCAGUGAAACCUCUUCCACACGCCUCCGGAGCAAGUCUGUUUGUCUGUCUCGAAUUACAUACUACAUCGCCCAGAUUAUCUGCAAUGUCGUCAAUCCGUACAUGCUCAACCCCACCGCAGGAAACUGGAAAGGCAAGACUGGAUUCUUCUGGGCUGGUUGGGCAUUCGUGUUUUUCAUUUGGACCUAUUUCCGCCUACCUGAGACGAAAGGUAAGACAUUUGAGGAAUUGGAUAUCUUAUUUGCUAGGAAGAUUUCAGCUCGAAACUUCGCCAAGUAUCGCGUUGAUGCCUACACCGUGGGCGACGCAGCUCUUUCCAAGGUGGAAUGA